AUUAAUCAUACAGCGAAAUUUUCUGUUAUUAGACCCGUAAAAUCUAUCUUUUCCAGCCUUAUGUAAAGAUAGACCCAUCCCAAAUUGUUGUUCAUGGUGGGCUGGAUUUAGCUCAAAAUUCAAAACCCAAAAAUGUUUUAAGGCUGGGCUUAAUUACCCAAUUUCUUGUGAAUGUCUCGUUCACAACAUAUUGUUCAGUAUGUAUUAGCUCGGAAAGGGGAAGAACCCAAUUCUUCUUUUGCAAUAACUUUUCUAUUUCUAGUCCUUUUUUUUUAAUUUUUUGCUGUAAAUCAAUUUGUUAAUGAAGCAAUCCCAAAUCCAUGGCUAAACUGGAGGCAGGGAUGCAUUUCAGGAAUAAAAUUGCCAGGGCAAGGACCAACUCCAACAGAGUCAUUAUCACUGUAUGUGUAGAAUCUCCAAGAAAAUGCACCCAUCAGAAAACUGGUGAUCUAACCAGCGAAGCUACGCGGAACCCAUUAUUCAAAAGGCCUCAGAGCAGAAGAAAAAAAGGUUACGAUCGACGGGCUGAGCUUCUAGCGUAUUCUCGUGAGCUCAGAGACGGAGUUUCUCUUCGACAACAGGAACGGCGGCCUCGAAGGAAUUCAUCAAGGCUCAAGGCUGAGAAGUUGAAAUGGUCAAGUGCACCAGUGAGGAUUAAAGCAUCAAUUCAGAGGAUUUUCCGACGAAAUGAAAGGCAAUGUAUGUAUGAGAAAAUUGAAUCAGUCUCAGAAGAGAAUAGUGGAGUGGCCUCGCAAUUCCAUUGCAGAAAGGAAAAGGCUUCCGGAGGCAACAUUGCCUCUUCUUUUUGUAAGAAAUUGAAGCGUAAGCUUAAGGAAUUAUCAUGUGGGUUGACGUGCAGCAAAGAAUGAUUUUGAUAUACAGGUAGGGUGCUGUGUGAAAAAGAGUGAUGGCUUCACAGAGAUCGUAAACAAAAUGAAUCAAUUUCAAUUAUGUAACUAUAUAGUUACUGUGAUUCUGUCAGGGAAAAUUCAGUUCUUUCAUGUAGAGAUGGACUGAAAGUUUAUCAAUUACACCCUAAAAUAUUGCUGGAUAAAUGUGAAAUUUGCUCUUUACAAUUUAUGAAAUUGUUUGCAUAUUUGUCAGUAUAAAUUGAAUUAAUUACAAUUAGCUUAGCCUGAUUUA